AUGGUGCGAGGAGUUCUGGAGGCAACGGAACUGAUGAUGGAAAUGUCAACCGAACUGUCCAAGGCCUUCCAGCGCGAGCUCGCUAACGCGAGCCGGGGCUUCAUCGCGCCCUUGGUCCCGGGCAUCAUCAAAGACGCCGCGGGCAAGACCGUCUGGGACAUUGACAGCUACAAGUUCCUCGGCACCGACACAAAAUGUCCGCCAACGGUCAACAAGAAGCUCUGGAGACAGGGUCAGCUGACCGCCAAGCAAGGGCUGUUCGAGGUUGUGCCGGGGAUAUAUCAGGUCAGGUCCCUGGACAUCUCCAACAUGACCAUCAUCGAGGGCGAGAGCGCCAUAAUCGUGGUAGACCCACUGGUCUCCUGCGAGCCCGCAGCAGCGGGCCUUGAGCUCUACAGAAAACAUCGCGAUCCGGAGCGGAGGAGGAGAGUGGCCGGGCUGGUUUACACCCACUCUCACACCGACCACUUUGGCGGCGCAGGAGGCAUCCUAGAGGGGACCGAGGUGGAGGCCGGCGCGGCCGGUGUGGCGAUCAUCGCGCCACAGGGGUUCAUGGAGGCCGUCAUGAGCGAGAACCUCGUCGCCGGCCCGUCAAUGCACAAGCGCUCGGUCUACAUGUACGGCAUGGCUCUUCCAAAGGGGCCGGACGGCCACGUCGGCAAUGGGCUGGGCAUGGCGAGCAGCACGGGGACUCGAUCGUUGAUCCCGCCGACGACGCACGUCAAGAAGACCGGUGACGAGCUCGUUGUCGACGGUGUGCGAAUGGUCUUCCAUGUGGUACCCGACACAGAGGCCCCAGCCGAGAUGAACGUGCAUUUCCCCGACUUCAAGGCUCUCCUCAUCGCGGAGACGGCGACAGUCUCAAUGCACAACAUCACCACGCUGCGCGGCGCCCAAGUCCGUGACUCCAAGGCGUGGGCGAAGUCGUUGGAUGAGGCUAUUGUCUUGUAUGGGACCGACUCGGACGUCCUUCUCGGGAGCCACCACUGGCCGACCUGGGGCCAGCACGACCUUGUGGCUAGGCUGGCGGAGCAACGUGACUUGUACCUUUAUCUGCAUGACCAGACAGUGAGGCUGAUGAAUCUGGGCUUGAAUGGCACAGAGAUCGCGGAACAGCUCAAGUUGCCGCCCAGCUUGGAGAACUCGUGGCACUGCCAGGGAUUUUACGGGAGCCUGAGCCACAACGUCAAGGGCAUCUAUCAGAGGUAUAUGACAUGGUUCGAUGGAAACCCAGCAAGCCUGUGGAAGCACACUCCUGCAGCUGAAGGGGUCCGGUAUGUCGAAUGCGUUGGCGGGCUGUCCUCCCUCUGCAAGAAGGCCGAGGGAUACAUAGAGAAGGGUGACUUGCGUUUCGCGGCAAUCUUGCUGAGCCAUGCAGUAUCUGCAUUUCCUGACCACCAAAGAUCGAGGUCACUCCUUGCAAAGACCUACGAAAAUCUCGCCCACGGCUCGGAAAAUGGCCCGUGGCGCAACUUCUAUUUGACAGAGGCCCAAGGCCUGCACACGGGGACUACACCGGGGGAGACCGAACUUGGUCGAAGCCCUCUGGCAGAGACAUUGACGGUGGAGCAGUGGUUUCAGAUUCUGUCAGUCCAAGUAGACAGCCAGAGGGCAGCUGAUAAUCGUUUCGUGAUCGAAAUCAGGAUCACGGACGUCAAGGAGGCCUGGAGGCUGACUGUCAGCAACGGCGUCCUUAAUUAUCGCCAGCAGGCCUCAGGCUGCGUGGUCGGUGAAAAUCCAGACCUGCGCAUAUCUAUCACCCGGAUGGGGCUGUUGGAUGUUCUGCGAGGUGGUGAUAUCGAUGGAGUACCAGGUGUGGAACAUCAUGGUGACCUUGAUGUUCUUGAUAAGCUCCUUGACAUAAUCUCGGAUCGACCGUCAGACCUGGACGUCUCAGCUGGAGCGUCUCUUGUCAUCAAGCUUGAUAUGACAGGAGUAUAG